CUUACUGAAGAGAAAGAGACUCAAGAAUAUCAUUAACCCAUUGUUAGUAUAAAGGGAGCAGCCCACGGGCAGUGCUGAAGGCCGCAGGCUGACACACCCCAGAAAAUGGCACAGAAGAGACUCGUCCGGGUGUCGCUGAAUCGACCUACCCAUGCUGUAUGUGUGCUGGGCUCCGAGACUGUGGUGGACUUUCAGGGAUGUGCCCCAGCAGAGUGUGAGUUCUUUGAAAUCUAUGCCACAUCGGGAGUAGUUGUUGACAUCAAUAGCCAUCCUAUCAAGAGGUCACCUUCAGGCUCAUCCAAAUGGCUCCUGGAGCCUGGGAUGGAGAUGACAGUGGGGAUGAAAGCCCCAAGCUCCUAUCUUAAUGAUGAAAAGGUCAAGAUUUCUUAUUUUGAAUCCAAAUCAAGCUCUGUCCAGGCCUUGCUCUACCUCACUGGUGUCCAAAUCUCCUUGGAUGUUGACACUUGUCGAAAUGGCAAAGUAAAACCUAGCAACGGCAAAACUGAUAAGAGAAGUUGGACAUGGGGCCCCCAAGGGAAAGGUGCCAUCCUGCUCGUGAACUGUGACAAGGAUAGCCCCAGGUCGUCCACAGUGGAUGCUGAGCUGGAGAACGUGGCUAACUUCAAAGACCUGAAGGACAUGUCCCUCAUGAUUCUGAGCACACACACCCCAAAGGAUUUCUUUGCCCGGCAUGAGCUAAUUCUACACAUUUCCAAAUUUGAGAUGGAUAAAGUGAGAGUUUUUCAAGCUGACCGGAAGAAACUGCCAUCCAAAUAUAAGAUGGUCCUGGGGCCAAAGACCCCAUCUCACGUGCUAGCAGUGCUUGACGGUCGCCAGGAGAACACUUUUUAUGUAGAAGCACUCGCCUUCCCUGAUGUUGACUUCUCCGGGCUUGUUUCCUUCACUGUCUCACUGACAGACAUCUCUAAUCGGCCCGUCCCAGAGACUCUACUUUUUGAGGACACCGUAGUGUUCCGUGUGGCUCCCUGGAUCAUGACUCCAAAUACUCAGGCCCCCCAAGAGGUAUAUGUGUGCAGGAAUUAUAAAAAUGAGACAUUUGUGGAAUCUGUGAAAGCUCUAGCCAAGAAGGCCAAAUGCAAGCUGACCAUCUGUUCUGAAGAAGAAAGCCUGGAGGACAUAUGGAUGCAGGAUGAAAUGGAGUUUGGCUACAUCCAAGCCCCUCACAAAAUAUUUCCUGUUGUCUUUGACUCACCCCGAAACAGAGGAUUGAAAGAUUUCCCUAUCAAAACUCUUCUGGGCCCAGAUUUUGGCUAUGUAACGAGAGAGGCAGAUGAAGAUUUGGUCACUGGCUUAGACUCCUUUGGGAACCUGGAGGUCAGCCCACCCGUCAUAGUUGGAGGAAAAAAGUACCCUCUGGGAAGGAUCCUCAUUGGCAACAGCCCCUACCCCAGGGACCAGAGCAGAGAGAUGCUCAAGGUGCUCCAGGACUUCCUCUUUGCCCAAAAGGUCCAGGCACCUGUGAAACUCCUCUCUGAUUGGCUGUCUGUCGGGCACAUAGAUGAAUUCCUCAGCUUUGUCCCAGCCCAAGAUGGGAAGGGAUUCAGACUUCUCCUGGCCAGCCCCAGAGCCUGCUACAAGCUAUUUGAGGAGAAACAGAAGGAGGGACAUGGAGAUGCCAAGAUGCUCGAAGGGGUUCAGAAAAAAGGAAAUAAGACAAUCAAAGACAUUCUAUCUGACAAAACCUUGAGAGAGCACAAUCAGUAUGCUGAGAGCUACAUUGACUGGAACCGGGAGCUCCUGAAGCAGGAGCUGGGCCUGACUGAGCAGGACAUCAUUGACAUCCCUCAGCUCUUCCGCCUCAAGAUGUUGUCCUAUGCAAAUGAGCUGAAAGCCAAAGCUUUGUUCCCAGACAUGGUGAACAUGCUCGUGCUGGGGAAGCACGUGGGGAUCCCCAAGCCUUUCGGGCCCAUCAUCAAUGGACAAUGCUGCCUGGAGGCCAAGGUCCGGGCCCUGCUGGAGCCCCUGGGCCUGAAGUGCGCUUUCAUUGAUGACUAUUUCACCUAUCACAUCCUCUCAGGAGAGGUGCACUGUGGCACCAACGUCCGCAGGAAGCCCUUCUCCUUUAAGUGGUGGAACAUGACCCCCUGAGCAGGCUCCCCUCCUGUCACCUCGCCCCCUCUGUCCAGCUUUUCUGAGUCAGCACCAGAGGGCUGUUUGCCAGGCCCACCUCAGCUGCUGCUUCCUACAGCCCUGCUUGCCUGCCCUGUGCCCCUGCCCCUGCCCGCCAGGCCAAUUCUGGCCACCCCGCGAUGCCCUGUCCAGCUGGAGAGAUGGACACCUCGCUCACCAAGCAGCACCAGAGAAAAAAGCCCAUGGCCAAGUGAGAACAAGCUGGCAAACCACAAUAAAGUUCUGAAG